AUGCAGGGAUCAAAACUUCGACGCUGCGGUCCUCAACUGCUUCAAGCUUCUGCAACAGCUUCGAGAUCCGGAAUACCGGCACGAGCACCGGUUUUCCGGACCGAACUAUUUAGACAAUGGCCUUCUCAGCGCCGGAUCUUCUCAAAGGUACCCUUAUAUAAAUUCUGUGGUGUCCGCCAUUAUGCCAACGGUAGACCACACCCUCCAGGCGGAACUCAUCGGAUGAAUCUGGGCGGAGAGCCGGAAAAACCCGCACUAGAAGAAUACGGAGUCGAUCUUACUGCUAGAGCAAGGGAUGGCAAACUUGAUCCUGUCAUUGGUCGAGAUGGGGAAAUUCAGCGGACAAUACAAAUCUUAUCAAGGAGAACAAAGAAUAAUCCGGUCCUAAUUGGAUCUGCCGGCACGGGCAAAACCGCCAUUCUCGAAGGCCUGGCCCAGAGAAUUGUCAGAGGGGACGUCCCAGAGAGUGUCAAGAAUAAGCGCGUCAUUUCAUUGGAUUUGGGUCAACUUAUUGCAGGUGCAAAAUUCAGGGGGGAUUUUGAGGAAAGACUGAAGAAAGUGCUAAAGGAGGUGGAAGAUGCCCAAGGGGGUGUUAUAUUAUUUGUGGAUGAGUUACAUACGCUACUUGGGCUCGGGAAGGCAGAGGGAAGCAUUGACGCAAGCAACCUGCUGAAGCCUGCCUUAUCCCGUGGUGAGCUGCAGUGCUGCGGUGCUACGACGUUGAACGAGUAUCGUCAGAUCGAAAAGGAUGUUGCGCUUGCUCGGCGGUUUCAGCCCAUCGUUGUUGAAGAGCCGUCAGUGGCUGAUACAAUAUCGAUAUUGAGAGGUAUCAAGGAAAAAUAUGAAGUUCAUCAUGGUGUAAGAAUUACAGACGGUGCGCUCGUGGCAGCUGCUACAUACAGCAAUCGAUAUAUUACGGAUCGUUUCCUACCGGACAAGGCGAUUGAUCUUGUAGAUGAGGCUGCCUCUGCUCUUCGAUUACAACAGGAGUCGAAACCUGAUGCAAUUCAAGAGCUUGACCGACAAAUUAUGACCAUUCAAAUCGAGCUUGAAUCGCUGCGCAAGGAGACUGACAUUCCAAGCAAGGAGCGCCGGGAGAAAUUGGAAGAGCUCUUGAAAACCAAGCAAGAUAAAGUCAAGGAAUUCACCGAUGUCUGGGAAAAGGAAAAAGCGGAACUUGACGCCAUCAAACAGGCCAAGGAGGAUUUGGAACGUGCAAGGGUAGAUUUAGAGCAAGCCCAACGCGAAGGAAAUUUUGCCAAAGCCAGCGAGUUACGAUACUCGAUAAUUCCGAAACUUGAGAACAAACUUCCAAAAGAAGGGUCGGAUACGGCAACCAGCACCACAGCUGAUGGCGUAGUGCUUCUUCACGAUUCCGUGACGAGCGAUGAUAUAGCUGGUGUGGUAUCCCGUACUACAGGUAUCCCGGUUAACAAGUUGAUGGCCGGAGAGGUUGAGAAACUUAUCCACAUGGAAGACACCUUAAAACAGUCAGUCCGUGGGCAGGAUGAAGCGCUCUGUGCCGUGGCUAAUGCUGUUCGUAUGCAAAGAGCUGGGCUUAGCGGAGAGAAUCGGCCAUUAGCAUCCUUUAUGUUCUUGGGACCAACGGGAGUUGGUAAAACAGAACUCUGCAAAAAGAUGGCAGGCUUCCUAUUUUCGACCGAAUCGGCCGUUUUACGGUUUGAUAUGAGCGAAUUUCAGGAAAAACAUACUGUUAGCCGCCUAAUCGGCUCUCCUGCCGGAUAUGUUGGGUAUGAGGAUGCCGGUCAAUUAACAGAAGCCGUCAGAAGGAAGCCCUACGCCAUAUUACUCUUCGAUGAAUUCGAAAAGGCCCAUCGCGAUAUAUCAGCACUUCUGCUUCAGGUUCUAGACGAAGGCUUCCUCACUGAUGCCCAGGGUCAUAAAAUCGACUUCCGGAACACUCUGAUCGUGUUAACAUCCAACCUAGGUGCAGAAAUUCUUGUUGGCUCCGAUCCUACCCUUGGAGAGGAGGUUUCGACGGAGAUAAAAUCAGCUGUUAUGGCUAGAGUUCAGACGUCAUAUCCUCCUGAAUUUUUGAACAGGAUUGACGAGUUCAUUAUUUUCAAGAGACUCUCAAGAAAAGCGCUGCGGGAUAUUGUAGACAUUAGGUUGCGAGAACUUCAACAGAGGCUGGACGAUCGAAGAAUAAUCUUGAAGGUAGAUGAUGGUGUGAAAGGCUGGCUUUGUGACAAGGGAUACGAUCCACGAUAUGGAGCUCGUCCCUUGAACAGACUUAUUGCGAAAGAAAUCGGCAAUCGUCUAGCAGACAAAAUAAUCAGGGGGCAAGUUACUUCUGGCCAGAUGGCGCAUGUCACUUUCAACGCUGACAAGUCUGGUCUCAACGUCGCAACUGAAGAAGCUACAUAA